AAAAAGGCACACCAAAAUUUAGAUAAAAUGGGCAGUUUGGAACUAGGCAGCAUUCGAGGAUUCCUGGACAUUCCUCAGGACACCUUUCGAGAAAGUAUACUAGUUUUUCCAAUUGUUUCUGUAGGGAAUGUUCCACAGCUUGCUGUUGAUCUCCUAUUGGAGAAUUUUCCUUUUCAGCUUGUGGGGACCCUAGACUCCUCUGCACUGAUUCCUUUCUAUGGUCACGGGGCUUUGAAAGGACCCCACUCCAUAACAACUGCGUUGCAAGUCUUCUGGCUAGAGAGAGUUCCAGAAAAUCCAAACAUUGUUUGUCUACAAAUAAGGACUCCACCUUCAAAGGGUCUUACAAAUCUUUUUGUUGAAGAAAUUAUGUCAUUGAUGAACUUGUGGAACCCUCGUUUGGCGAUUUUCUUGACAAGCUUUUCUGCCCUAUCGAUUAUCCCGAGAGGUGCUAUAGAACCAGGCCAAAGUAGAGUUAUUCGAACUGCGGUUCCUGAAAAUCUUCUCUUUGUAAACCCUGCUGCAGUAGAAUUUGUGGGAAUGGAAUACUUUGAAGAAAAUAAGUUUUCUUUAUUUUCAAAAUUUUGGGACAAACUCAAGUCUUCUUCUCAGCAUAAUUUUCUAGCUUUGAGCAUGCAUGUGUACGAAGGAGACAAUACCAAUGAUGCCAUAUCAUACUUUCAGAAACUUUGUGACUUUCUAAGAAUAUUUAACGUGCCCAAUCGAGAUUCAGUGAAAUUACCUGAUUCAUGGCGUUCUAUUCUUUAGUUAUUUUCGACGAAAUUUGAAUGUAUUUGGG